GACAUUGAUCUAAGAAAAGAAAAGGAUUGUUUUUGCUACAGUAAGAAAGCGGGACCUAUAAAGGUAAUGGAACUUGUAGGGUUAGGAGAUUCAGAAGUAAUUGAGUGUAUGGUUUUUAGGAAAACAGAAAACUUUUUUGAAGACCCUGUUCCCUCCUUCGCUAGUCUAGGUAUUGUUGUUGCAAGUGAUCUCAGUUCUGAUAUUGUUAAAAUUGAAAGGAGUGAUAUUGACUAUAAAUACUUCAGUAUCCCCUAUGAAAACAAAUUUUUGUUCAUACCUCUUCUGCAUCAUCUUUUCCACGACUUUUGUAAUUAAGCCACACUUUCCAUUAAAAAAAUAAUAAAAUAUUAAUAUUUAAAAAUAUAUUUUAUAAUACCUCAUUUGACUUCAUACUAUUUUUGGAAAUAGAACUAUUAUGGCAUCCCAAGCCAAUGGAAACUCUGUAAAAAGAUUCAUUACAACUUCGAAUUUUAACGAUGAAGAGGAUUCAUCAAAGGCGGUUACCCCAUCCAACAACAACGUCCAUGUAUCUGAUGAAGGUAACUUAUGUUUUAUUUUUCUCAAUUCUAUGUACCAAAAUAUGUAUUUCCACAACAGUCUCAUCCAACAAUAACGUCGGUGGGCCCAAUGAAGACGUAGAUGUACUUCAAGCGCUGCUGAUAAAACUACAAACGAUCGAAAUGAGUCAACAAAUAUUGAGCGAAAACCAAUCGCUGAUAUGUGAAAAAUUGAAUUAUAUUAUGGAAAAUUCCACACCCAAAUGCGAAACAUCGGCGCAGCACCAGUUAUUACGGGAAUGCAAAGUCUCGAUUAAGAAGGUAGAACAUUCCGUCUGUCGAAUGACAGGAGAGCUGCGAGAUAAGCAUAUGGACGAUGUUGCGAGUGCAUUGCCUCUCCAGACCUCAAUAGCAGUGUUAAAUGUGGAGGACAAUCUUAAAAUACCGGAGUACGCGCGGGCAAUGACAUCACACCUGCAUAAAAUUAAAGGGGUUUCCGAAGAUGUUCCGUCCGUCGUCAGACAGAUUUUUACGGAUAAAUUGAUGGGCGCCUACAACUGGGAUGGCAGAUGCGAAAAGCAGGCCUUGGUCAAGCUUAAGCUGUUUGAUUCCUUUCUACGAGAAAUCUUCAAACUACAAGGAAGUUUCGAUUUUGAACGAGGCGUUAAAAAAGCAGUGGAACUUAGCCAUCACCGGAUGUCGCAAAAAAAAUUUGCAAAGAAGUCGAAGAAGGAGGCUCAUUAAACUUAAAUUUAAAGUUAAAAAUUAAUUAGUUUUUAUUCUUUUCAACCCCUUUUUUCAACAUUAACUUACUACUAGCAUGAAGCUAUAGCUAAAAAUUUUUUUUAAUGAAACAAGUAUUGCCACAGAUUUUUUCACAACUAA